AUGGCUGAAACCAACGGCACCAGUGGCGCUCCCACUUUGGUGGAGGAGAACGCUUUCCCGGCUCUUGAGUCAGUUGCUCCGGAAAAACCUGUUGAAGAUGUCGUGGCAUCCACCGGUGAUGAUAAUGAGACCCCCGAAGCCCCCAAGGAACUCUCUGCCGCCGAAAAGUUGAAGCAGCAACACUUAGCUGCUGAGGAGCCCGCUGAUGCCGAGGCUAAAACCGAGGAAUCCCAAGCUUCCGGCGAAGCUACCGCUGUCUCUGAGAAGUCAGCCAAAAAGCAGAAGGCUGCAGCCGCUCGUGUCCUCGAUGUCUCCUCUGUUGAAGCUUUCCCGUCUCUUGGUGCCCCCACUAAGGUUGCUCCCGUUACAAUGAACUGGGGUGCAAAGAUGGCUGCCCCUCCGGUCAAUGGUAGCAAUGGCACCCCCGAGGCUAGCGCCAGGGCUCCCACCGCGUCCUUCGCCGGAAAUGCUGGUCAGCAGACUGUUGAAUUGACUCCGGCACAGAAGAGGCCUGCCUCUGAGCUUCGGAAGCCAGUUAUCGAAAUUGUUAAGGAUAUUACGAAAAGGACCGGAACCAAGAUCGACUUGGCCAAGACUUCUACUGGUGUUUCCGUUUUCGUUGUUAAAGGUAACGAGGCUAGUAGGCAGAGAGCCCGAAGAGAGAUUUACAAAGAGUUGUCACUCAAGGCCUCCAAGACAAUCCAAAUUCCGGCCGUUGUGAGGCCACAUAUUAUCGGGAAGGGUGGUUCAAGGGUUCAGGAGCUCGAGAAGGAAACUUUGACCCACAUUAGAGUUCCUCAGCAGAGUUCUUCUGAAGUCCAAGCACCUGUUGGGGAUUACGAUGAUGAAAUAAUGAUCGACGUGGUCAUUGAGGGUGAUGAAUUCGGUGUUGCAUCAGCAAUUGAAAGAAUUAGGGAGAUUGUAGGGGAGCGAACUAUUGUUACCACUACUCGUAUCUCAGAUAUCCCUGGUGAACUAUACCCAUUUAUCCAGGGCCCGAAUCGCAAAAACUUGGCAGAAUUUGAGACCAAGGUUGAGAGGGUCUCUGUGCCAGACUAUUUUUACAGUGCUUCAAGCCAGCCGUUCAGUCCUCCUUCAGGCCCUAUUGUUAUUACCGGAGAAAAAAGUGCUGUCCAGGAAGUCCGCGCUGCCAUAGAAAGGAAGGCCGAGGAGCUUAAGGCCCAGGGUUAUGGACACAUUUUGGUGCCUAUUGCUGCCGCCAAGCACAGGUUCUUCACGGCCAAUAAUGGACGCCUUAUCCACGAGAUUCUCGAGGAAACAGGAUGCACACUCAUCUUUCCUUCCGGUAAAAAGGCCGACAGUGCAAUCGUUUAUGGGCCAGCAGACCAAAUCGGAAACUGCUACACAAAGACUAACGCUAUCUCCCAGGCCUAUCAGUACUUCGGUCCUGAUGUUUGCAAGGCAUACCCUAAUGCUCCAGGCGGAGCAAAGUUGCAAGCCCGCGAUGUCACUCGCUAUUUUCUACAGAAGGGUGAAUUCAAAAAGUUGGAGAGGGAGUUCGACGUUGAGAUUACUCCCCCCAGCGCCGAGGACCUCUAUAACCUUGCCGCCCCUUGCAUUGUUGGAAUUAUGUCCCGGUCUAAGGAGAACUUGGAGAAAGCUCGUUCAAAGAUCCAGGCGAUUUAUCUCCAGGCCCCGCCUUUCAAGGUUGCCCGUCUAGAUGUGGAGCCUCUCCACCAUCGCCACAUUAUCAAGAAGGACAAGCUUCUUGGGGGACGUCCUGUGAAGAUUUUGUUCCCGGAAGACUUGGAAGAGUCCGAGCUCGUUCUCGUAUAUGAUGGAGAGUCCACAGACCCGGAAGAAGUUCGCACAGUCCUGGAGGAGGCAAAGCAAGUGAUACUUGCGUUUUCAGGAGAGCAGGUUUCUAUUGUCUCUAAGACUAUCAAUAUUCCCAAAGAAAAUCAUAUCAAGAUUCGGGGUGAGAGGGACACAACCCUCAAUGCUUUGAAUCCUAGUUCUGUUCUGGUUCAAUUUGGUAUUCCGAAAGCACGCCCUGGAAAGCCAGCCCCAGCCGGGGAUGAGAAUACUAUUACUGUCCGUGGACCUCAAUCCAAUGUUGAAGCCACUAUUAAGAAUAUCAACGCCUUCCUUUCGUCAGAAAACCCAGAGGCGAUUAUUACGGAGCCUUUCGAAUACCCCGCACAAUUCUCCGGAAACUUGAUUGGUGUGAAGGGAGCAAACAUCAACAAGCUGAGAGACGAUCUUGGUGUUGAGAUCAAUCUCAACGAAGGAAAGGGUGAAAUCAAGGGUGUCCGAGUGGCCGUUGAUGCCGCCAGGAAGAAGCUCACUACCCAGAUCAAGGAAUUGGAGGAUAAGGCCACUGUUAGGCUCGUUGUACCCCAACAAUUCCACUCUACCAUAAUUGGUCAGAAGGGAGAAUCAGUACGAAGACUAGAAGCUAGAUAUGAUGUUCGCAUCAACUUUCCUAGGUCAUCAAAGUCAGAUUACACAGAGGAACAUGACGCCGGCAACAAACAACAAGGGCCUAACGAAGUCAUUAUUAAGGGGGGUAAGAAGGGAGUUGAAGAAGCUCGUGCAGAAAUUACAGCACUUCUUAAGUACGAGGAGGCCAAGAGCCACACCGCAGAAAUCCCUAUUGCCGCCAAAGCUGUAGAAUUCAUGUUCAGGAAUUCGGCAAAGGAGAUUAAACAACUUCGCGAGGAGUCAGCAGCUAGAAUUGAUAUACCCCAGAGACCAGAGGAGGGAUCAGAAGAGCAGAUGGUUAUUAAGAUUCGAGGAACAGUAGAGGAGGUGAAACAAGCAAAGGCAAUCCUUUCCAAGAUUGCCAAAGAUGCCGAGCAAACAACUGUUCGGAAGAUUAACGUCGAUAAGAAAUACCAUCGCUCAUUGAUCGGCCAAGGAGGGAAAAUUCUCAGAGAGAUUGUCGUUGGCGCUGGCGGGCCAGAUGACAGGACUGCACUCGCCCGCAUGGUCCGCUUCCCUAACCAAGAUUCCGAGGGCGACGAGAUUACGGUCCAGGGUAAUUCAGCCAUUGUCGACAAGAUCAUCAAGGCUAUCGAGAAGAUUGUCACAGAGAAGGAGAACCAGAUCUCCAUCGAUGUUGAAGUUGCCCCCGAGAAGCACAGAAAAUUGAUUGGGCGUGAAGGAAGCAUCCGCAAGGAGCUUGAGGCCCAAUUCAAGGUCACCAUCGACAUUCCUAACCGCAACCGUCCUGGUCAGACUGUCAGCUCUGACAUCAAGAUCACCGGUGCCGAAGCAGACGUCGAGAAGGCCAAAGAACACAUUCUUGAGCUUAUUAAAGACCCCGAGGGUGAAACAAUCAUGGUUCCCCGUUAUCUACACCACUCCAUCUCGGAUAUCAUCCGUGAGCUGUACAAGCGCUACAGAGUUAAUGUCAACCAUAACAACGAGCCCCGACCUCCAAGGCCCGAAGACAAAAAGCCCCAGUCAAACAGUGACAGCCUUCCUUUGAUUACCGAUGAGGUAGAUUCAGCACCCAAAUACAACUGGGAUGCCCAGGAGAACAUUCAUGGUACAGAUGAUGGUGAGUAUCCUUGGGUUCUUAGCGGGACACCCGAGAAUAUCGCCAAGGCCAAGGCCGACGUCGAGAGUGCCAUUCAGGUUGCAAAGAAGCAGACCUGGAUCGGUUACCUUGAUUUGCCCGACCCACGGAAAUACCGCUUUGUAGUCGGCCCUGGGGGAUCGCAGAUCGAAAAGAUUCGCCGGGAAACAGGUUGCCGAAUCAAUGUCCCAAACAAACAACAAGGCUCCACAGCUCCUCCCGAGGGGCCAAUCGUUAUUCACGGUAGCAAGGAUGACAUUGAGAAGGCUAAGGGGAUAAUUCUUGAACUUAUUCAUAACGGUGGUGGUGGUGGUGGUGGUGGUGGUGGUGGUGGAAAGGGUGAUGAUUCGGAUGGCGACAGGCGCAGGCGUAAUUAG